AUGAACUCCCUUCCUGUAGAUCUCCACGUUGCACUCGUGGAAUAUCUCUCGGCUUCUGAUCUUAUCGCUCUCAGCCAAACGUGCUCAAAACUCAGGGAUGUCUAUAUUCCACUUUCUUUCUAUUCAUCUUCACUUUCAACAUCUCCAUCUGUUACUUUAAACUCUCCCUUUCCAUCGUCAUCAUCAUCUUCUUCUUCUUCUUCUUCUUCCUCUCGUCUUAUUCCUCUUGAAGCCCUCCUCCAUCCUUAUCGUUACUCAUGGUUCCAGUCCUCCAAAGUUCACAAGCUCUAUAUCCAACAACCCCCUUCAUCGUCCUUUUUUAACCAUCCAAAUAACACGGACAACAUUUCCCGAGAGUCCUUUCUCGCCUAUUAUCCUAACCUAACUCAAGUCUUUCUACCUCUCUCGGCCUCGUGUUUAGCAUCUUAUCCCCCCUUCCCUUCAAACCUUUUUUAUCUAUUGGCUUCCGUUCCACAUCUCUCCUUAACUACAACUUAUCCCUCUCAUGUCCAGGCCUUGCAAAACAUUAGCGUCCUCCACCUGCACCUCCCUCCAACGCUGACAGCUUCUCGGCCACCACCGCUAGCCCACCUCCGGAGCCUGACAACUUUUUCUCUUUCCUUUUCUGCGCCUAGUCCUUCUCCCGUCUCUCCUGUCUCUACCCUCUCACUCUCUGAUUGGUACGCUAGUCUUAUCACAGACCUAAACUCCCUGCCAUGUCUGGAUAACAUCGCCCUGGCCUACUUGGUAACCAACGACUUUGCAUACACAACCGCUCAACGUUUAAAGCCGCACACACCCAAAGAAGAUUUCGCCCGAUUCGCUAUCACCCUUGUCUCAGACGAGUCCGUCAAUUCUCCAACAACAACGCAACAAGACGAUCAAACAACCGAAACCAACAACAACGACAACAUCACCAUCAUCCCACCCUUUGCUCUGGAUCUGGCAACAGAACUCUCCAUCCACAUCAACUACACUGCCUCGUAUGUCCCAUCCUCUCUUAUCUACCACCUCGAACGCAUCUCUCUUCCAAAUGUGUUCACUCUUGCUCUUCAUGGUGUAGACUCGUCCUGCGUGCAACUCCUCCACUCUACAGGCCUCUCUCCACCACCACAGGUCAUUCCAGACCAACAAGAUCAACCAGAAUUGUCUACUCCUAAGGCAGUCAUUAAUACCAAGGUAAUCACCUCUUUAUCAGUUACCAUAUGUGACUUUGAACAUCUCCCAGAUUACAUGAUUCUCUUUGCUCAAAUGUCAAACCUCAAACAUCUCGUCCUCGAUACAAAAAUCAUGCGUUUCCCACUUACAUACCACGAUAUCCCUCCCUCAACCUCUCCAAAGUCUACAAACAAUUAUCAAACUCUUACUCUUGAACAAAAGGAAUCAGCAAUGACUGCUCAGCUGGCUGAACUUCUACAACACUGUAAGCUACCAGAAAACGCUCCCUUGUUUGGCAACCCUUUCGAAAAUGACCCCCUGCGUGAGUCCCUCAUCAUAAAUCUGCUAGCCCAGUUUGCCCAAAAGUACCCAGCUCUUCCUCCAGCUCUUUAUGUUCGUUCUCUAUGUGACCCUCUUGGUCUAAUUGAAACGUUCCUGAAACCAGAGCAAGAACAAGAGCAAGAGCAAAAUCAAGAUCAAAAUCAAAAUCAAGAUCAAUCCAUUCCACCAACAUUUGCUUUCCCAAACCCCCGCAAAGACGCACAUUCACAUGAAUUCUUCCUCUUUGCUCUUAGUGUGUGUCUGGAUCUGGCAUACGUCGAAUGCAUUUGCGAGUGUAUUUUGCGCAACCUCCAUUUCCUUGAAACUUUAGCUUUUGCCAACUUGCCCUACCUCCUCGACUCACCACGUUUUGCUCUUCUCGUCAACACUCAUCCAACCCUUCGCUCUGCCGCCUUUACUUUUCCCAAUGCUCCUCAGAAGCACUCCAACAACUCUCCAAAGCAGGGAUAUCCUCACCGGUUCCACCUCCAUGCCCAACUCAAAUUUUACCAAAAUUAUUACACUUACUACAGCACAAAGUUCCGCCUAAAUGCUAAAGUUGCAGCAACUGUCUCCCCUACAUCCUCAACAACACCGCCAACAUCAAAAACUCCUUCAAACACCGCUUUAACUGCCCAUCAAUUACCUUUUGAACAUUACCUCAGACUUACAAAAGAGUCCUUUUCAUCUAAACCCUCACCUCCUAGUAGAGUCAGAAACAAACUUCAAGUUAAUGUCACCGCGUUCCGUGAAAACAUUAUCUACGCUCUUUAG